GAGUUUUGAGGAACAAAAAAAAGGGUUCAUUUAGCAGAGCUGAAGUGAUGGAGGUGAUCAUCAACGAAUGUGCAAAGGGGGUUCAUUUAGCAGAGCUCAAGUGAUGGAGGUGAUCAUCAACGAAGUUGUUCUCGAAGCACGCCAUGUGCAAAGGUGGAAGUUUCAUGAUCGUAGCCGUACACUUCCUGGUGUUCCGAUUGUUUUAACGGUUACGGAAGACGAGAAUCAAUGGUGGCGGUUUGAAUGCCGCCAGAUUGAAGGAGACAUGCACUGCAUCCGCUGCACAGCGUGGAGCGGCUUUGUUGGACCAAGGAUCGAUGCUAGGCUCACUCUUUAUGCUCAACAAGACGGUGAGAACUUCCACAGAAUGAAGGUGAUAAUGAGGGACUAGGGAACUUAUUUGUGUAAGGGUGUAGGAAUGAAAGUAUAUGAUCUUAUCAUGGUUGGUGCACCUUUCUUCAAGCCGGGCACCAUUGCUCUCUGCUGUUGCAUGGUUUUAAAAAAAUGUCUUUUUCUUUUGUAAUCCUUAAGCUUAGUUAUCAAUGAAAUCUGAUUAGAAAUA